AUGGCCGCAAUCCACUCGGGGUCACAAGUUCCCCCCUUUCAGCCCGGUCGGAUCCCGACAAAAGCCACCAUGUCGACCGAAACCUCCCCCCGCGCCGUACGCUUUUCACAAGGCGAGGACGAAAGGCCAAUGCGGCCGUUCGUCCUUGGCGCUGACUCCAACAACUCGCACUCGUCCGGUGAGCUGUCGAGCCCCGACAUGCAUCACAUGGUCGAGACGCCAGACGAGAUAGGUUCCCUUGCCAGAUAUGUAGACGUCUCCAGUCACACCGGCUCCCACGUAUCGCUCGCCACCAACGGAUCGGCCCGGAGUCACCGCAACUCGGGCGGAGAGACCACAGCAGCCGGUUACACAAACGGCGGAGCAACUCCGAGGCCCGCACAGAGGCCGAUGGGCCCCGCAAGAACACCUUCCAACACAUACCAACCCCUAAGGAAACCUACGGCGCAACAGACGCCCUCUUACCUUCACACCUCGACAUCUGAUCUUCGGAAUGCAACCAGAAUGCGAAACGGUUAUGGCCAACAAGAAAAAGAAUACGUUCGCAGUCUCCGUGCGCAACAUUACGGCGGCGAUUACUUUGUAUCAUACUCAAAUGGAAGCCAGCUCGGUGCCAGCAGCGGGGAUGGCUAUCCUGACUCGGAUUCCGAGGGAGAAACACCAUCUUCUGAGGCUCCAUAUGACGACGCGUAUGACCAAAACGUCAUCAUGAUCGACGGCAACGAAGACACCGCCCCGAGCGAGGAGGAACUCAAAGACCCUGCAAGCCGGGAGAGGCUCGAGUGGCAUGGCAUGCUAGAGGCCGUGCUGACUGGCGACGUCGUCAGGCAAGAGAAAAAACGAUUGAUUGCUGGCACCGGGGAGGAUCUCGGCAAGCUGCAACGUGGAGCAGAGCUAUGGAUGGGUAUCCGCGCUCGUCGACGUAUGGUUGAGGAGACUAGGGCUACUCUGGCCAGAAUGAUCGACGAAGUCAUCGACUUCAGCGUCAAGGGCGAGUCCACAGCCGGCAAGUCGGCGGCAGAACAAAUUGCCGAAGUUCUCGAAAAAAUCGACAAGAUCGAGGGGCAGUAUCCCACCCGAAACGCCCUCCUCGCCGUGCAUACGUCUGCCAACACGGAGCGGUUUCAGGAGGCUUGCGACGCAGUGUACACAUGGACCAACAUCAACUACUUGAUAAACACCGAGCUCACGAUUCUGAGAAACUGGGUGGGCAACCAUGAGCUUGAUUUCACGCGCGCAAGGGAAAAAUCCCCAAAUGGCCACCACGGGCUCUCGGAUGAGUCGUCAUUCAUGGAUCGGCUCAUGAAGGAAGAGGGUCUCAAAUCACUACACGACCACGAAGAGGACGAGGGUGACAGGAAAAGCCGAAGGAACGGAAUGCUGCACAGGGUUGGCAAAACCAUCGAAAAGGCCAAAGAGGCUCUUGUCGAGCAACAUCAAGUCUUCAAGAAGAGACAAAUGUCACUCGACAUGGACGAGCUGUUGAUGUUGCUUGGUUUCCCGGCACGCCUCAUCGAGGAGAUUAUCAAGGUACGACUGGCCUACACAAAGCGCAUGAAGGAAUCGGCCCAGCAAAACCCUAUGAUGCAGGACAACAUGAUUGCCCAAUUUCAGACCUUGCUCAAGCUGGCCAUCCGCAUAAAGCAGGAGGCUGUCAAGCUCUCGGAGCCCCAACCUGGCUGGGAGCUCCCUCCGUGCAUCGACGAGUCGUUCGACCAGGUCGUACUUGAUGCACUUAAAUACUACUUCAAAAUGCUGAACUGGAAGCUGGGCGGCAACAAGAACACGUUCAAGGAGGCCGAGCUGCUGUUCCAGGAGUGGGGGUUCGCAAACGAGAUUGCCAGCCAUCUGUACCGUGGCGACAUUGAGGUGGCGGAACAGUUCAGCUCCUUGACCUACAAGACACUGAACAGGUUGGCCAUCACGUUUGAGAGGGAACUCCAGCGCAGGCCGAAGGAGACUCCGUCCGAGAUGAGCAAGCGUUACAAGCAAGUUUUGGAAUCAGUUCGUGUGCGCCAGAGAAUGCUGCAGCGUUUCUCGCGAAUGCUCAAUGACAACUAUGAGAAUGCUGCCGACUUUAGCAUCAACUUCAGGCCUGACAAGAUGCAGGAAUUCUUCCUGCGCCUGCAAGAGACAGGUCACUUUCAGGUAUACACGGGAAGCCUUGAACACGAAGGGUUGCUCGUCAUCGCGUCGCCAUCGCUUGCCAACCGGGAAUCCGAGAUCCAGUCCCUGAUUGGCACCACGGCAUACGAUGAGAUAGUGCAGGAUGCUACGAACCCCUACAUCCUCAUCAUGCGACCCGAAGGACAGCUGGGAUGGUGGGGGCCCAAGAUUCAGCUUUCGGUGCGCGAGGAACCUGUCGAGCUCAAGAUGGGCCAUCUUCGGUUGAUCGCAGGCGGCUCGCAGUCACGACUGUCCAAUGCCAAGCAGCAUUUCCUUGCCACCAUUGAGAUGCACCUCGACCUGCUCAUAGAGCAACGAUCUAACCUUCCAAAGGUGAAUGCACGACUCAUGGAGAUCCGCAAGGUUCAGUAUAAGUUGUCGAACACGUUCAUGGACAGCGUCGAGAUUAUACGUAACAACACAAAAGGCCUUGGUUUACAGGAUCUUAUUCAGACCUGCUUCAUCUUCGCCACCGAGUUUGGUCAGCGGUCGUUGCUCUAUCUGGACAGUAAUCGAAGACAGAUGAACAACAUCAAGUUGACCAAGCUUGCACUUGACUGGGUCGGCUUCGUCUGCGAUGACUGCCAAUCGUCGGACCGCAAGGCCUUCAAAUGGGCAGUAUUGGCUCUGGAAUUUGCUAUGGUCAUGACACGCGGGCGGCACAUCUUGGCGUUAGGCGAGGCCGAGUUUGUCAAGCUGAGGUUAAAGGUCGCCGGCUGCAUGUCACUCCUGAUUUCCCAUUUCGACAUCAUGGGCGCUCGCUCUACGGUGGCUGCACAAGCCGAGAAGCUCAAGCUGGAGGCAAUGGUAGGACAGAUGAGGCGCAUGGAUCACAACAUGAUGGACGACCAAGAGGCCAUCCGUUAUGUGCGGAACCACAGGCUCUCGGAGCUCAACCUUAUCGACGAGGCUCGUAAAGAGAUAGCGCUUGAACGGUCGGCUCUCGGACGGGUUCUUGAGGUGUCCAACGAGGUGGAUAGGUCACUGGCCUACCUUUCAUCGACGGCAACCAACUUCACAAUGCGCUGGCAACAGGGUCAUUUUGUGGGAGGUGGUACAUUUGGCAACGUCUAUGCUGCCAUGAACCUCGACACUGGUCAUCUCAUGGCAGUCAAGGAGAUCAGGCUCCAAGAUCCAAAGCUCAUCCCGUCCAUCACAGGUGCGAUCAAGGACGAAAUGCGGGUACUGGAGUCGGUCGACCACCCCAACGUCGUAUCAUACUACGGCAUCGAGGUGCACCGCGACCGUGUCUACAUUUUCAUGGAGUUUUGCUCAGGCGGGUCGCUGGCUAGCUUGCUGGAGCACGGCCGCAUCGAGGACGAGUCGGUCAUUAUGGUAUACGCACUGCAGUUGCUAGAGGGUCUGGCGUACUUGCACGAGAUCAAGAUUGCGCACCGCGAUAUCAAGCCCGAGAACAUUCUGCUAGACCACAACGGCAUUAUCAAGUACGUUGAUUUUGGCGCUGCCAAGGUCAUCGCCCGCCAAGGCCGGACGCUCGCCAACCAAGACCUCAUGUCGGCGGCCACCAAGCCUAACAAGUCCAUGACCGGAACCCCCAUGUACAUGUCACCCGAGGUGAUCAAGGGAGAGAACCCUGGCCACUUCGGCGCCGUCGAUGUCUGGUCUUUGGGUUGCGUGAUCCUCGAGAUGGCAACUGGACGCCGCCCUUGGGCCAACUUGGACAACGAGUGGGCCAUCAUGUACAACAUCGCGCAGGGCAACCCGCCGCAGCUACCAACGCCCGAUCAGCUCAGCCCCGAGGGUAUCGAUUUCCUCAAGUGCUGCUUUGCACGCGACAGUACCAAGCGAGCCACGGCACUGGAGCUGUUGCAUCACAAAUGGAUCAUGACCAUUCGCGACCGCAUCGUUCCACAGCAGCCUCCGACGCCAAGUGACACAAGCUCGUCGAGUGCCCAAAACACACCCAACCCUGCCUCAUCCAGCAAAGGCGGCGGGGCGAGUAGUGAUGGGUACUACUGA